AUGGCCUCAGCUCAGGAAAAGGCGGCGCUCUGCUGCGGGGGCCCCGCGCGCGAUGCCCCCAGGGCGGCGAUCGCCGCGCCCGGGAAGGUCUCCAUGUCCGCGGCCGGCGGUGGCGGUGAGCGCGUCGUCUCCGCUGCCGGGGGCGGCGCCGUGAUGGACGACAUCGCGUCCGCGGCCCAGCCCACUACCGCCAAGGCCUCCUCUAAAGGGAUACCCAUAAUGACGAGAGCUCAAAGAUUCCACCCUUUGGACCCAUUAUCUGCUGCCGAAAUUGCAGUGGCUGUUGCAACUGUAAGAGCCGCUGGAAAAUCUCCUGAGGAACGUGACAGCAUGCGUUUUGUUGAAGCUGUGCUGCUGGAACCAGAAAAGAAUGUUGUAGCAUUAGCCGAUGCCUAUUUUUUCCCGCCAUUCCAACCAUCACUGCUCCCUAGAACCAAAGGCUCUGCCGUCAUUCCGAGCAGGUUGCCUCCCAGGAGGGCCAAGCUUGUUGUCUACAAUAGACAUUCAAAUGAGACUACCAUUUGGAUAGUAGAACUAUCUGAAGUGCAUGCAGCUACUAGAGGUGGACAUCACAGAGGGAAGGUGAUAUCAUCUGAAGUUGUUCCAGAUGUACAGCCUGCAAUGGAUGCUAUGGAAUAUGCUGAGUGUGAAGCUACUGUCAAAAAUUAUCCUCCAUUUGUUGAAGCUAUGAAGAAAAGAGGUGUGGACGACAUGGAACUUGUCAUGGUAGAUGCCUGGUGUGCUGGCUACUACAGUGAUGCUGAUGCUCCCAGUCGCAGACUUGCCAGGCCUCUAAUCUUUUGCCGAACUGAGAGUGAUAGUCCCAUGGAGAAUGGUUAUGCUCGUCCUGUGGAAGGGAUCCAUGUUGUUGUUGAUAUGCAGAAUAAUAUUGUCAUAGAGUUUGAAGACAGGAAGUUUGUUCCUCUGCCUCCACCAGAUCAUUUGAGAAACUACACUCCUGGAGAAACUAGAGGUGGUGUUGAUCGAAGUGAUGUGAAACCUCUUAUUAUCAAUCAGCCUGAGGGCCCAAGCUUCCGUAUUAAUGGCUAUUUUGUGGAAUGGCAGAAGUGGAAUUUCCGUAUUGGCUUCACCCCUAAAGAGGGUUUGGUCAUCUAUUCUGUUGCAUAUGUUGAUGGUAGCCGUGGGCGUAGACCUAUAGCUCAUAGGCUGAGCUUUGUUGAGAUGGUUGUUCCUUAUGGAGAUCCAAGUGAACCACAUUAUCGCAAGAAUGCUUUUGAUGCUGGAGAAGAUGGACUUGGCAAAAAUGCUCAUUCUCUUAAGAAGGGGUGUGACUGCUUGGGUUACAUCAAGUAUUUUGAUGCACACUUCACGAACUUUACCGGUCAUGUGGAGACAAUUGAGAACUGUGUGUGUCUGCACGAGGAGGACCAUGGAAUCCUUUGGAAACACCAAGACUGGAGAACUGGUUUAGCAGAAGUUAGGCGAUCAAGGAGGCUCACGGUGUCAUUUAUCUGCACAGUUGCCAACUAUGAAUAUGGUUUUUACUGGCACUUUUAUCAGGAUGGUAAGAUAGAAGCUGAAGUAAAACUUACUGGAAUUCUGAGUUUGGGAGCUCUGAUGCCUGGGGAAUCAAGGAAAUAUGGUACAACUAUUGCUCCUAGUCUGUAUGCACCUGUCCACCAGCAUUUCUUUGUUGCCCGUAUGGACAUGGCUAUUGAUUGCAAACCUAACGAAGCUCAUAAUCAGGUGGUUGAAGUAAAUGUCAAAGUCGAAAGUGCAGGCACAAAUAAUGUGCACAACAAUGCUUUCUAUGCUGAAGAAAAGAUACUGAAAUCCGAGUUGCAAGCAAUGAGAGAUUGUGACCCUUCAUCUGCGCGACAUUGGAUUGUUAGGAACACGAGGGCUGUAAAUCGUACCGGACAACCAACUGGUUUCAGACUCGUGCCUGGUUCAAACUGUUUGCCAUUUGCUCUGCCCGAGGCAAAGUUUCUUCGAAGAGCCGGGUUCCUAAAGCACAAUCUUUGGGUGACACCAUACAAGAGUGAUGAGAAGUUUCCUGGAGGGGAGUUCCCCAACCAGAAUCCACGUCUUCACGAGGGUUUAGCUACUUGGGUGAAGAAGGAUAGACCCUUGGAGGAAACUGACAUCGUUCUCUGGUAUGUAUUUGGGCUCACCCACAUCCCAAGGCUGGAAGAUUGGCCGGUCAUGCCGGUGGAACACAUCGGCUUCAUGCUCAUGCCACAUGGAUUCUUCAACUGCUCGCCUGCUGUUGAUGUGCCUCCUGGCACUUCUGAUGCCGCCGAUGUCAAGGAAGCAGAGUCGCCUAAGGCCAUCCAGAACGGGGCCCUUGUUUCCAAGCUCUAA